GCCCUGGGCUGAGCCGAGACCAGUGUCACCCGGCCACUGCCGACCUCAUCCCGGGCCACCCCGCCUGGUCCGCUCUGGUGCUCUCGGCGCGCGCGAUGGUCCCCCCGGGCCAGCUCUGAGCCGGCGCUGGAUGGGGCUCUGUCUCCUCCCCGCCCCAGGGAGCUGACACCAACUUCUGCUCCUGAACUCUGCUCUGCCGCUUCUUUUGGCCCAGGGCUACCUCGGCAGCCCUGAAAACGCCGACCCUCCCCAGUGCCCAGAAAGGCGCCUGGGUGGCCCAGCGCCUCCCGGGCUCUUUCUGGAUGGAGGCGCCUCAGGAAGGAGCUGGCUGCGGGCUCUGGCCUUCACCUUCCAGCCCCUGCUGACCACACCUCCCCUAGUGCAGAGGCUGCGGUGAGGAGCAGGAAAUGCUGUACCAGCACGGCCGGCUCCCUGGAAUCUUGGUCUGACUAACAGGAUGGAGCUGGGGCCAGCGGCUGAGACCUUCGUGCUGAAGCUCCGGUGUCUUGAAGAUGGGGGCCAAGGGCCUGACACCCUCUCAGGCCGAGCUGAGGCUAUUUCCAGAGAAGAUGGCAGCCCAUCACACGGCCCAGCUGGAGAGGGCGGAGGACGGGCUGGAAUGUGAUCCCGAGCAGGAGGAAGAGGAGGAAGAAGAGAAGGGGGACGAGGUGGAGACAGAGAAGGAGGAGAGAGCAGUGGAAGACGAGGAAGAGGAGGACGUGGCGGCGGUGGUACAGGAGCUGCAGGCCAACGGGCCGCAGGCGGGGCAGAUAGCGCAGGGGGAGCAGGUGGAGGUGGUGGAGGCCGAGGACGUGGAGGAGGUGGUGGCAGAGGAGCGGAGCCCAGCGUGGGGGACCCAGGAAUGCCUUAGCCGUGGGUGUGAUGCCAAGUCCCCAGCUCUUCCAGAAAAGGCCCUGCAGGCCUCUCAGGCUCCCGCUGAGCUGAGGGAGGAGGAUCUGGAGGACGAGGACGAGGACGAGGAGGAAGAGGACGAGGACGAGGAUUUCCUGACAGCUGGGUCUCAAGGGCUGGUGACCUUUGAGGAUGUGGCUGUGUACUUCUCCCUGGAGGAGUGGGAAAGGCUGGAUUUAGAGCAGCGGGACCUGUACAAGGAAGUCAUGCAGGAGAACUACGGGGUCCUCGUGUCCUUGGGGUACCCCAUCCCCAAGCCAGAUCUGAUCUUCCGGCUGGAACAAGGAGAGGAGCCUUGGGUGCCAGAUAGCCCGCGUCCUGAGGAGGGAGACAUUGUCACUGGUGUCUAUACAGGUGCCUGGUUCUGGACCGACGACAUGGAGGACCACGAGGAGGAAGAUGAUGAGGACUUCCUGGCAGAGGUGACCGAGGAAGAGAAUGAGCCCCCCGGGUUGUGGUCAGCGGCCUAUGGUGUGGGGGACGUGCCUGGGACGUGGGGCCCGGAUGACUCGGAUUCGGUGCAGACUCCAGAGGGCUGGGGGCUCGACCCAGGCGGCCUCGGGGCCCUGGCCGAGGGAUCGGAGGUGAAGCCCUUUCUGCCAGACCAGGAGCCAGGCGUGAACCUGCUGGCGCCUUGGGUGUUCCCAGCUGAAGUGGCUGCUCAGGCAGGGAGACCCGAGACCACGUGCGACGUGUGCGGCAAGGUGUUCCCGCACCGGUCCCGGCUGGCUAAGCACCAGCGCUACCACGCGGCCGUCAAGCCCUUCGGCUGUGACGAGUGCGGCAAGGGCUUCGUGUACCGCUCGCACCUGGCCAUCCACCAGCGCACGCAUACGGGCGAGAAGCCCUUCCCAUGCCCGGACUGCGGCAAGCGCUUCGUCUACAAGUCUCACCUGGUCACGCACCGGCGCAUCCACACGGGUGAGCGGCCCUACCGCUGCGCCUUCUGCGGAGCGGGCUUCGGCCGCCGCUCCUACCUGGUCACGCACCAGCGCACGCACACGGGCGAGCGGCCCUACCCGUGUCCGCACUGCGGCCGCAGCUUCAGCCAGAGCUCGGCGCUUGCGCGGCACCAGGCAGUGCACACAGCCGACCGGCCGCACUGCUGCCCCGACUGCGGCCAGGCCUUCCGCCUCCGUGCGGACUUCCAGCGCCACCGGCGCGGCGGCGGCUGCUCCGAGCCCGGCGGUGACGGCCCUCGGCGGGAGCCCUGUGACGCGGUGCCCGCAGCGGGGCCCGAGGAGGCUGAGGCCGGGCAGGAGGGGCCUGAAGUCAGUGAGGUGGACGGAGAGGCCGAAGCUGAGGCCGAGGCCGAGGCCAAGGCCAAGGCCGAGGCGAGAGAGGAGGUUGCAGCUGCAGCGGAGGCGCCCACCCCCGAGACCAAGGAGAACCCUGAGCCGGACAGGCGGUUCCUAGGGCUGGGCAACGGCCUAGGCGAGGGCGAAGGCCCCUCCUCGCACCCGCUUGGCUUCCACUUUCCCGUUCACCCCAAGUCUUGGCUCCAUCCGGAUGGCUUCCCGAUCCUGGGCCUCCCGGACUUCAGGGAGCGGCUGCCGGCCGAUGGGCGCCCCCUGUCGGGACCACUGGGGGGCCGGCUCUCCCUGGUGGAGGGCGCAGGGCUGGCCAGCGACCCUUUCCGCGGUGGCGGGCCUGGGGGCGGCGGCGGCGGGCUGCGCGCAUUCGGGCCGGCCGUCGGGGGGCUGCUGACUGAGCCGGCUCCCGCCUCCCUGGCCGAGGAGGAGAGCCCGUGGAUCUGCUCCGAUUGCGGCAAGACGUUUGGGCGCCGUGCCGCCCUGGCCAAGCACCAGCGCUACCACGCGGGCGAGCGGCCGCACCGCUGCGCAGACUGCGGCAAGAGCUUCGUGUACGGCUCGCACCUGGCUCGCCACCGGCGCACGCACACGGGCGAGCGGCCCUUCCCCUGCCCCGAGUGUGGCGCGCGCUUCGCCCGCGGCUCGCACCUGGCGGCCCACGUGCGCGGCCACACCGGCGAGAAGCCCUUCGUGUGCGGCGUGUGCGGCGCGGGCUUCAGCCGGCGCGCACACCUGACGGCGCACGGGCGCGCGCACACCGGCGAGCGGCCCUACGCUUGCGGCGAGUGCGGCCGGCGCUUCGGGCAGAGCGCGGCGCUGACGCGACACCAGUGGGCGCACGCGGAGGAGAAGCCGCACCGCUGCCCCGACUGCGGCAAGGGCUUCGGCCACAGCUCGGACUUCAAGCGGCACCGGCGCACGCACACGGGCGAGAAGCCCUUCCGCUGCUCCGACUGCGGCCGCGGCUUCGCGCAGCGCUCCAACCUGGCCAAGCACCGGCGCGGCCACACGGGCGAGCGGCCCUUCCCGUGCCCCGAGUGCGGCAAGCGCUUCUCGCAGCGCUCCGUGCUGGUCACGCACCAGCGCACGCACACGGGCGAGCGGCCCUACGCCUGCGCCAACUGCGGCCGCCGCUUCUCGCAGAGCUCGCACCUGCUCACCCACAUGAAGACGCACCGCGGCGCUGCGGGCGCCCCCGGGCCCGCGGCCGCCGCCCCCGCGCCCAAGGCCGAGGUGCCUGCCAAGGGGCCGCCCGGCGCCAGUGCGGGCGCCCGGCCGGGGGAGCGGGGCAGCACCCUGCUGGAGUUCGCGGGCGGCACGAGCUUCGGCUCGGAGCCCACGGCCACGUUCGCGGGGCCCUCGGGCGCCUACGGGCAGAGCGUCCUCUGA